AUGGCUGCUCCCAAGAAGACGAUGAGAGCUCUGCAGUACGACAAGUAUGGUGGAGGAGCAGAAGGCCUAAAGCAUGUGGAAGUUCCGGUCCCAUCCCCGAACAAGGGGGAGGUGCUGCUCAAGCUGGAGGCGGCCAGCAUCAACCCCAUCGACUGGAAAAUUCAGAAGGGCAUGGUCCGCCCCUUCCUGCCUAGGAAGUUCCCGUUCAUACCAGUUGGAGACAUAUCCGGCGAAGUCGUAGAGCUAGGCAGCGGUGUGACCAACUUCAAACCAGGUGACAAGGUCAUCUCCAUCAGCUUCGCGACUGGAGGCGGGCUAGCUGAGUACGCGGUGGCGCCGGCGUCGCUUACGGUGGCACGGCCGCCGGAGGUGUCCGCGGCGGAAGGCGCCUCUCUGCCCACGGCGGCGUCCACCGCGCUCCAGCAGCUCAAGGCCGCGGGGCCCGUCGGGCACCAAGUACGACGCGGUGGCGCACUGCGUGACGGGCACCCGUGGUCGGUGUUCGCGCCGGUUCUGGCCGACAGGGCCACGGUCGUCGAUGUCACCCCGGGGAUCGCCGCGGCGGCCAAGUCGUUCCUGCAGAAGGUGACCUUCGCCAAGAAGAGGCUGGUCCCGCUGGUCCUAAUCCCCAAGAAGGAGGAGAUGGAGUGGCUGGUGGACAUGACGAGGCAGGGGAAGCUCAAGACGGUGGUCGACUCCAGGUACCCGUUGAGCAGAGCGCAGGAGGCGUGGGCGAAGAGCAUCGAGGGCACGCCACCGGCAAGAUCGUUGUGGAAAUGGGCGGCGCAGAGUGAACCUGCGUCUGCGUGCAUGAUGAGAAACAUUGUGUUGGUUGAUUCGAUUGGACGGAUCUUAUGUGUCGGACUAUGUGGUACGGAGUACAGUGGUAAUAAGAAGGAAUAA